AUGUCUCAACUUGCUCUCUCUGACACGUAUCAUGAAACCAACUACCGUACAAAGAUUGCCUAUUUUAAUGGAACUACUUAUUCGUAUUAUUAUCACCCAUAUGCUAUGGAAUUUUACAAAGAAUAUUUAAAUAUUACAUGCAAUUUUAGAAGAAAUUUAAUUAAUUUUCAAUUGAAAGUUAAUGAAUUGAUUGCGGAAAAUUAUUCGAAACAAGAAGAAGCUCUGAAAACUAAAUUUGAUACUGUAGAGCUGUAUCGACCAUUUCAGGAAAUUAAAAAUUCAAUUAACGUGGAACAAAUUGAGAAACAAAAGUCUCGAUUGAAGAUUAUCAUAUGUGGAGAAGGAGCUGUUGGAAAAACAAGCCUUAUUCAUAAAUUAUAUUAUGGCAAAAUACCUGAAUACUUUCCAGGAAAUUGUGAGUUGGAAAUUGGAUAUGGAUAUUUGAAUAAUGUAACAAUGAACAAAUUUGUAACAUUGACAUUGUGGGAUACUGCUGGUCAAAAAGAUUAUGAUAAGUUGAGACCACUUUCAUAUCCAUAUACAGAUGUAUUUUGCAUUUGUUUCACUAGGAUUAGUUCAAAAUCUUUCAAAAAGAUUCCAUCUCGUUGGGUUCCUGAAAUUAAUCACCAUGCACCAAACUCUGCUCUGGUUUUAAUUGGAUGUAAAUUUGAUCUUUUAUCAGAUACUGAUGUGAUUACAAAGCUAAGAUACAGACAUUUUGAUUCAGCUGUCAAAUAUGAAAAUUCAGUUCAAAUGGCAAAGAAUAUUGGAGCAUUAACAUAUAUUGAAACAUCUGCACUGACUGGUGAGGGAAACGUUUCAGAUUUUGCUGAGAUUAUUACUAAAUGUCAUGCCAUGUUUAGAGAAAUAUAUCCUAUCAAAUCAGAAAAGAAGUGUAUCAUUUGCUAG